AUGGAGGCAAUUUAUUCUGGCGUGAAACUGUCGGCGCCUGUAGUUCAAUAUAGAGACUACGCGUGGAGAACAUCCAAAGUCUUUUACGAAGAACAACUAAUUAAGUGGAAAGAGAAGUUAAACAAUAGGGAGUUCCAGUUGCUCCCAACUGAUAGACCUCGCGCAGCCAAAAGAACAUGCAGUGGAUCUUCAUUCACUAAGAUUGUGCCACCGUAUUUGCAACAAUGCUUGCGUGAUUUGCAGAAAGAGACCAGCUGUACUGAGUUCUGCAUUUUAGUAGCCAUUUACAAAUUUCUUAUCUUUAAAACCACUGGUAUCGCAGAAUUUCCUAUCGGAUUCCCAUCGUCAAUGCGUGACAUGCUGUUCCAAAAAACAGUUGGAUGUUUCAUAAACACAAUACCGUUACUUGGAGAAGUUUACUCUUCGGCUACCAUUAUCGAAUACUUGGCAAGCGUCUCCAGUGCGAUAUCUGAAGCAAGAAACAGCCAUAUCCCCUUUGAUGUACUUGUAAGUGAACUGAAUUUGGAAAGAGAUGAUGGGGUCACACCCCUUUUUCAAGUUAUGCUCGUAGCAGAUAAAGUACAAAAACCUCUGAAAGAAAGUGGAAUAACGUUUCUUGAGCUACCCACUCGUUUUUCAAAAUACGAGCAAAUUUGGUAUUUCCGUUAUGAUGGGGAAUCUCUGCGCAUCAUAGUUGAAUAUAACUGCAGGUUAUUCUUAGAGAACACUAUAGUUGACUUAGUUAAUCGGUUCUUGUACAUUCUACAAGAAUUCGGAAGGUCAUCAUCUGCUCUGAGAUUGAAUGAAGUUACGCUCACCACGAAAAGCGAAGUGAAUGCGAUCCUCAGGAAGAAAGCCGCCCACGUAUGCGAUAUUCCACCCAUAGUUGUACCACAAAUGAUGCAGGAGAACUUAUUUACACAAAGUACAAUAUUAUCUUGUGGGCAGAAUAUGAGCUAUGCUAAACUCGACAAGCGUAGUUCUCAAUUAGCCCUUCAAAUUGCCAAUAUGUAUUGUAUCCAUUAUGGUGAACUACCAUCUAGAGACAGAUGUGGAGCAGUUUUUAUGGAUAGAAGCCUCGAUUUGCUAGUGGUAGUUUUCGCAAUAUGGAAAUGCGGCCUACAAGUUGUUCCCUUCAGUCUGGAUUGGCCUGUGCGGAGAGCUUUGGAAACAAUGAGGAUGUUCAAAAAUCCCAUCCUCGUUACGACAGGGUUUGAAGAGGUGGCCAGAUCGACAGCAAAUAAUCUGUAUCCAGUAUUCCAAACAUUCAACUAUAAUACUUCCCAUGUGAUAACGCGGAAUUUGAUUGAUGUCUCAGAUUUAGCCUAUAUCACCUGCACUUCAGGGACGACGGGUAUUCCUAAAUUGGUCUGUACAGAAUUCUCAGGGCACUGCAACCUUGUGGUAGGUUAUACUAAAAAUUUCAACAUCAACCACACUUCCUGCAUUUACCAAGUAGUGAACUACGGUUUUGACAUAUUCUUUGCGGACCUAUCCAAAACGCUUGCAAAUGGAGCCUCAAUGAUUUUAGCUAGUGAGCUGAUUCCAAAGAUUGACGAAAUGCAGGAUGUUACGAAUGCAUACAUCAUGCCUGCUUAUUUGUCCUCAUUGUCUUUUUCGGAUAUUAAAAGAAUGAAUUUUCUAGAAUCAGUGCAGUUUGGCGGAGAAGCAAUACAAACCAAUGCUUUGGAGCAUUUGCUCCAAACAGAUAUUCAUCUUUACCAAGAGCAUGGAGUUACAGAACAAACUGUCUUUACCACUGCGAAUAGAAUGAAACAAUGCACUCCAAUUUCCGAAAUUGGGAAACCAUACAGUAAUUUGUACCUGCUUACAAGGGAUUCCGAUGGUCAGAUUUUGCCAGAAAAGUAUCAGGGAGUAUGUUACGUUACAGGAUUGGGCAUCACAAGAGGUUAUUAUGGCAUGCCUGCUUUGAAUUGUGCAACGAUAAGCUACGGACUAUUCGGCAAAGAAUUCAAGACUGGUGAUAUCGCCAAAUAUCAACAUGGUCGAUUACACUUUGUGGGGCGCGCUGAUCUCCAAGUCAAGAUUAGAGGAAAGGUCGUGGAUUUGAAUGAG